CCUAACUUGACCACCAAGCUACAAACCAGCUUCAACAUUGUAUUAAUCUCUGGUUAUAUCCUCCAACUCUUUUACGUGUCCUUGGACUGACCUUGAACUGUCUUUUGUCCACCACCUAGCCUCAUCGAAAUCGAUCGUCCCUACGACAUGCAGACUUGACAGAAGCGUUCAUGCUUCGCCGUGGUCACUCCGAUUUUGCCUGGUUUCGAGAGCGUACUCAGUCCCUACAGAGUGAUUCCUUAUCUGCCUAUGCCACGAUGCCUUCCCCUCCAACCAAGGGGGCCCUAAACCCAGAACCUGCGGAUCCUCAGGACCGCGCAGAACAGCAUCUUCCCCCCAAGACCUACGCUGGCGCCGUUCACCAGGACCCACCUUCUAGCACUCCUAUCAAUGGAUCUACGCCUCCCAGAGCGCCAGAUACCAAUAUAUUCAAUGGAGAUGUUUCUCACUCUCUUAAUCCUGAACCCGCAGACCCCUACGAACGUGCCAAUCAACACCUUCCUCCAAAGUCUUAUGCCGACUCCGUCAACAACACCACCCUCCAAAACGGACAUUCUAAUAAGCCACCGUCCGUCAUAAUCACCAAAACCGACCCUCAACUUAAUCAGGAGGAGAAGCUAGUCAAUGAGGGAUAUAUAAGCCAUGAUGGAAGAGACUCGUUGACCAGCCUCAAGGUCGACGAUCAACACCGAGAAAGUCUAAGGCAUUCUCGACGAACCGCAUCUCCUGCAAAGCACAAGAAUCUCCACAAGCGAAAAGAAGCGCCGGAGGAAUUGGCGAGUGGUCGAAAGGCAGGCGAGGGAUGGGAACGAUCGGCGAUCCGGUGGGCUCCGCUAAACGUCCCACUGCAAAGACGACUACAAACUUUGGUUGUAUUGUGGCAUACCACUACAAUCCCCAUCUUGCUGUCACUCUUCUUCCUGCUCUGCGCCAUACCUCUAACCUGGCCUCUGAUCGUUCCCUACCUCAUCUACACCUUGCUCGUCAGUGAGGAUGCCACAAAUGGUGCUCUGUCCCGCCGAUCAAAUCGUCUGCGGCGUUCCAAGAUCUGGUCAGCGUUUGCCUCAUACUUUCCUGCUCGACUACACCGCACAGUAGAAUUGGAGCCACACAGGAAAUACAUUUUCGGAUAUCAUCCGCACGGGAUCAUCUCGCACGGGGCAUUUGCGGCCUUUGCCACUGAGGCCUUGGGGUUUUCGGAUCUGUUCCCAGGCAUCACCAAUACUUUGUUGACGUUGGACACCAACUUUAGAGUACCCCUCUAUCGAGACUAUGCUCUGGCCAUGGGACUGGCGUCUGUUUCCCGCGAAUCCAUCGAGAACCUCCUAUCCAAGGGUGGGCGCAACGGAGAAGGGAUGGGCAGGGCGGUUACCAUCGUGGUGGGUGGAGCAAGAGAAAGUCUUGAUGCACAACCUCAUUCAUUGAGACUCGUGCUCAAAAGCAGAAAGGGCUUUGUCAAGUUGGCAAUUCGAAUGGGAGCCGACCUGGUGCCGGUGCUUGCAUUUGGGGAGAAUGAAUUAUACAACCAGGUCGACAGUGAGGAACACCCAUGGAUUCACAAGAUGCAAAUGAUAUUGAAAAAGAUGCUGGGUUUCACCAUUCCUCUGUUCCACGCUCGGGGUAUCUUCAAUUACGACAUAGGCUUAAUGCCCUACCGACAGGCGGUCAAUGUUGUGGUCGGGCGGCCCAUCAACGUGGUGCAACAAGGAACCAAGGACAACAAGGUGGAUGAAAAAUACUUGGACGAGGUACAUGCCAAAUAUGUGGAUGAGUUGGUACGGCUAUGGGACGGCUACAAGGAUACGUUCGCCCGGGAGAGGAACGGUGAGCUGGAGAUCCUCGAAUGAUUGGGACGAUGACCUGGGCAGACGAGAAAACGGGCAUGGAACCUGUUGACUAGGGAAGGCUGGGUCGAGGGACAAGUGCUUUUGACAUGACGUUGUGGUGUAGGGCAAAGACCUAUCUGGACUAGGCAUUAAAAUUUUCUGUGUAUCCAGUCUAAAAGUGCAAUCAAUCGACAAUCAAAUCGAC